GGCUUCUGAUUGACGGUGGGUUAUAUCGCUGCUUGCUGGUGUGGCAUGCUCUUGACAGCGCUUGAUAGCGUUUUCAUGUGGCUGGGAUUUUCUUUUUCUUUCUUUUUUUAAACGCAAGAGGAAAAACUCCGGUUAUAAAAAUACGUGUCCGUGUGAACAAUGCCUAAAUAUCAACAGCCAAGUGCCCUUCCCUGAUCGAAGGGAACAUUUGACAACUUAUUCUCGUCGGGGAUCAUUAUUCGGAAAUAAUCUGCCUAGUAGCCUAGUAUAUACCCUAAAAUGUUUUUUUUUUGUUUUCGUGCGAACACGCCGUGUAGGCUUGUAGUUUAAAACCAACAACAAAUAAACCUCUAAAACACACGGACGCGCGACGGACGCGAGCGCACGCACGCAGGCACACACACACACAAACUGACGGGUACCGGAGUGAUUUAUAUCAACGCCUACCUUUUGCUUGUGCUUGCGGAAGAGCCGUUACCUGGUUACAGAUGCGGAGUGAUGGAGCAUUGAGUAAUGUAAUGUUCAGGACUCCACAGAUAUGACUUUCUCUCUUGCUCGCCGAGUCAAGCCACCACGCGCUUUUCCUGCGGCAUCUCCGGAGCGCGCAACCAACAGCUUUGUCCAGGAAAAACGAUUUAACCUGCGAAUUAAGUUGAACAUUAUCUUCACGAAGAGUCUUCAGUUUGUCAUAUAACCAAUUGUAAGGACCAAGUUGGCCGACAAAUCUUUUAAGGACAAUGGUGGCCCCCAGCUGAAGGCAGUGACGGCAAGAGAGUGAGAUGGAGCUGACCUCAACAGACGCCUCUGCUGCGCUGGGCUUAUGGGACAACCUCUCCAUUCCUGGUUUCCUCUUUAACGAGAGCGUUCUCAAUGACACCUGUUUCCUCAAUUCUUCAAACUGCACCAAUGAGACAGAUCCGGAGAACCGGGCAGGAACAAGCAUGGCAGGAGUCCUCAUCCCUCUCAUUUACAUAAUCGUCUGCGUCGUCGGCCUGGGAGGAAACUCUCUGGUCAUUCACAUCGUCCUUCACUACUCCAAGACAGAGUCUGUGACCAACAUCUACAUCCUGAAUCUAGCUAUAGCUGAUGAGCUCUUCAUGCUGGGCCUUCCAUUCCUCGCCGUGCAGAAUGCCAUGCACUCGUGGCCCUUCGGCUCAUUCACGUGCCGAUUGGUCAUGACUGUCGACGGCAUUAACCAGUUUACCAGCAUUUUCUGCCUCACUGUAAUGAGCAUCGAUCGCUACCUGGCCGUGGUUCAUCCUAUACGGUCCUCUAAAUGGAGGCGACCACCGGUGGCCAAAGCUGUGAAUGGAACAAUCUGGGCUGUCUCCUUUUUGGUGGUCUUGCCUGUGGUGAUCUUUGCAAACGUGCAACGGGAAGGAGGAAUCUGCAAUAUCAUAUGGCCGGAGCCAGCUAACGUCUGGGGAGCGGCAUUCAUCAUUUACACCUCCACAGUAGGCUUUUUUUUCCCUUUGCUAGUCAUCUGCAUGUGCUAUCUCCUCAUUGUGAUCAAGAUCCGCAGCUCAGGAAAGAAGGUUCAUGCCACGUCAACCAAACGCCGCAAGUCGGAGCGGAAGGUCACACGAAUGGUGGUGAUAGUGGUGGCUGUGUUUGUUUUUUGCUGGAUGCCUUUUUACGCCCUCAACAUCAUAAACCUGGUGGAAUCUCUCCGCGACGAGCCGCAGGGACUGCAUCUAUUCGUAGUGGUACUUUCUUACGCUAACAGCUGCGCUAACCCUAUAGUUUAUGGCUUCCUUUCGGACAACUUCAAGCGGGGUUUCCGGAAGGCCCUAUGCCGCUCAUCUCGAAGGGUCGAGAACCACGAGCCCACCGAGCAGCAGCAGCAGCAUCAGGAAGAACGAAGAAGAGCUCUGAUGCCCAGGGAAAGCCUUAGAAGAGCAGUGAGAAAUGAAGAGGAUGAGGAAGAAGAAGAGGACAGGGAGGAAGUGACGGAGAUGACGGAAAUUUGCAGGAUUACUCAGAUUGGAAACGGAAGCGGACAACCUGAAAGUAGCCGAGCCCUAUUCUUAGAGCAACCCUCGGGCACAGGGGCUUCUGAGAUGUGUUCGCCUGACAGGAGAGGCACGGGUGGGGAUGCUGUUGGUAAAGGACCGGGAUUUGGGCUUGCUGCAACCUAUCUGAAUGGGGCCAAAAAUGGGAAUGUGAAAACACUGCCAGAGGAACCGGUGGACAAGAACGCCUCUCUGGAGAUCAGCUACUUGUAAACUGUGAUUGUACUUGUGAUUGGUGUCAGCUGGAAAAAUAGUAUUAUUGUACCUGCCUCCCUGAGAUCUGUUCAGUUUGUAUUUACUUUUUUUUUUCUUGGAGUCUAUCAAUUUGUCUUAAUGUCUGAGUUUACUAUGAAGUUUCCUUCUAGUAAUUAGACGGAAGUGUAUAACUUUGAAACAGAACAUAAAAAAAAAAUCACAAUGGGUUUUCACAGCAUUCCAUGAUACCAUAACCUAAAUGAAACCAGCACCACUAUAUGUGAAACAUUUAUGUGCCUUUUUUCUAAAUUUAUUUAGGACAUUUGAUCAAUGCAACGAAUCCAUGGAUACAACUGGCACUAGAUCAGUAAGUACAUUUACAUGGACGUUUGCUUGAUUAUAACUGUGCAUGUAAGCGUAGGCUACUUAUUGAGACUUGUAGCAUAUUAAUAUGUGAUAAAAUAACGGAGAUUUUGUAAAUUCCUACAUCAGAUUGUAGUUUUCUGUAAAUAUAUUUUAAAUGUGUGUUGUUGUUGUUGUUUUAUUGUUGCUGUUUUUUUGCCAAACUUGCAAGUGUACACUAACUGAACUGAAUCGCAUUGUUAUAUUAUACAGUUUUGUGCUGUCUAUCAGUUUUGUACGGAGC